AUGACGAACUACGGUGCGAUUCCGACGUCGUCUCAUCCAUCUCCGGUAGUAGAUCUCGAAUACAUCUCACGAGCGAAACACCGUAUCAAAUCAGGUCUCUCAACUCGUCGUCCAUGGAAAUCAAUGUUCGAUCUCGAAUCCAUGUCUCUCCCUGACGGAUUCUUCGAUUCGAUCUCGAGAAUCAAAACGAAUCUCGCUUAUUUCAGAGCUAAUUACGCAAUCGUCUUCCUCUUUAUCCUCUUCGUAUCACUUCUCUAUCACCCAACAUCGUUGCUCGUGUUAGCGAUCUUAAUCGUUUUCUGGAUUUUUCUUUAUUUUCUUCGUGAUGAAUCUCUUAAGGUUUACGGUUAUCAGAUCGAUGAUCGGACGGUUCUGAUUGGUUUAUCGGUUUUAACGGUGGUUUUGCUUUUGUUGACUCACGCCACGUGGAAUAUAAUCGGAUCUUUGGGAAUCGCCACCGUGUUGGUUCUGAUUCAUGCGGCGGUUAGGAGGAGUGAUCAUUUGUUUCUCGAUGAAGAAGCUGCGGCGACUGAAACUUCAGGGCUGACGUCAUACCCUUCGUCAUAA